AUGGUCGCUUCUGUCUCCAACACCUGGUCCCAGGGUCAAGGUACAGCAUUCAUACAAGCCAUUAACAGCUCGGGCCGCCCCGAUGUCAAGCUCUUCCAGUCUAUAGUCAACACUAUCGACAGCGAGAACCCUCUCACUAUCCUCUCCUGGGUCGCUCAUGACUCCCACCACAAACCUCGUGACCUCUUCUCUCCUCUGGUAACAUCGCCCACGACGGCAACGCCACUUCUGCCCUGCUCAUUCACUCCGCCUCGAAGGCACACAUCAAUCUCCCUCCCACCGCCCUUCGGUCUCGGUGUCUACUGCAUCACCUUCUCUUCUUCCGCUACCUCUUCUUCCCCGUAUUGCGCCACCCCUGUCCACCGACGCCCCAACGUCGCCUGCCCUCAUGAGCCUGCAGUCAAAUUCUCCUCCGGCUCCACCAAGAAUUCCAGAAAGUAG